UCCUCUCUGUGCAGGGUCGGUCUGGGGUUCUAGCAGCUGGCCCCGCCCCUACGCCCCCCCCCCCAGCCCCCGUGGAAGAUGCCGGAGCAAAGCAACGACUACCGCGUGGUGGUGUUUGGGGCGGGCGGCGUGGGCAAGAGCUCACUGGUGCUGCGCUUCGUGAAGGGCACCUUCCGAGACACCUACAUCCCCACCAUCGAGGACACCUACCGGCAGGUGAUCAGCUGCGACAAGAGCGUGUGCACCCUGCAGAUCACCGACACCACGGGCAGCCACCAGUUCCCGGCCAUGCAGCGCCUGUCCAUCUCCAAGGGCCACGCCUUCAUCCUGGUGUUCUCGGUGACCAGCAAGCAAUCGCUGGAGGAGCUGGGCCCCAUUUACAGGCUCAUUGUGCAGAUCAAGGGCAGCGUGGAGGACAUCCCGGUCAUGCUGGUGGGCAACAAGUGCGACGAGACGCAGCGCGAAGUGGACACGCGCGAGGCGCAGGCUGUGGCGCAAGAAUGGAAGUGUGCGUUCAUGGAGACCUCCGCCAAGACGAACUACAACGUCACGGAGCUGUUCCAGGAGCUGCUGACGCUGGAGACGCGCCGCAGCAUGAGUCUGAGUAUAGACGGCAAACGUUCCAGCAAGCAGAAGAGGACAGAGCGCGCCAGGGGCAAGUGCGUCCUCAUGUGA